UUUGAAUGUUUUAAGUUAUUUUUGUGCUGGCUGUUGAGUUUCUGUACCUCUGUCACUCAGACAGAGAUCAUUCAAAGGUGGGGUUACCCUUCAGAGGAGCAUGAGGUUUUGACAGAAGACGGCUACAUUCUGACUAUCAAUAGGAUCCCCCAUGGACUCAAACAUACAGCAGGUCCAAGGUCAGCAGUCUUCCUUCAGCAUGGACUUCUGGCUGCUGGCAGUAAUUGGAUCACCAACCUUCCCAACUCCAGUCUGGGUUACGUACUGGCAGAUGCCGGCUAUGAUGUGUGGAUUGGGAACAGCAGAGGGAACACCUGGUCCAGGAAACAUCAAACUCUGAGCCCAGAUCUAGAGGACUUCUGGAGGUUCAGCUAUGACGAAAUGGCUCUGAAAGAUCUUCCAGCAGUUAUCAACCACAUUCUGAAGGCUACUGGUCAGGAACAGAUCUUCUACAUUGGACACUCCCAGGGAACAACCAUUGCAUUCAUAGCGUUCUCCACUCUGCCAGAGCUUGCCAGUAAGAUUCGCCUGUUCUUUGGACUGGCUCCUGUUGCAACUGUGGCAUUUACUGACAGCCCCAUGACCAAACUGUCUGCCCUACCAGAUUUUCUGAUCUGGGACUUGUUUGGGAGGCGGGACUUCCUUCCACAGAGCCAGUACAUCAAAUGGUUGGCUGAACACGUGUGUGCAAAGACAUUGCUGAGUGAGCUGUGUGGAAAUCUCUUCUUCAUCCUCUGCGGUUUUGACGAGAAAAACCUUAACAUGACUCGGACUCCAGUCUACACAACUCACUGUCCUGCUGGGACCUCUGUCCAGAACAUGAUCCACUGGGCGCAGGCAGUCCAUGGAGGGAAGCUGAUGGCAUUUGACUUUGGACCAGAAGGAAACCUGAGGCAUUACAACCAGUCAACUCCUCCUGAGUUUCGUGUCCAGGAUAUGAAGGUUCCCACUGCCCUGUUUUCUGGAGGACAUGAUACUUUGGCGGACCCAAAAGAUGUGGCUGCUCUUCUUACUCAGGUGUCCAACCUGGUCUACCAUCAGCACAUCGAACACUGGGAACAUCUGGAUUUCAUCUGGGGUCUGGAUGCACCUCAAGUUAUGUUUCCCUCCAUUUUGAAGCUGCUGCAGGAACAUCACUAGUGAUGCAAAGCACACGUCAUUCCUCUUGGGGACCACCAAAGAUGUGUUAAUUGAAGGUCCAGCAGCCAGGUUUAAUCAGGAACGUGUUUUUAAUGUUGUUUUUGGAGGGGAAUGACUAUUCAAUGACUUUAAAAAAUGGAAGAAAAAAAAAAAACAGUAGUAGAUUGUCUCAAUUUGAGUUCAGAUAAGUUUUAACUCACGUCAGUUCUUCCAACACAUAGCUGUCAUAUGUUCUUUAGUCUCUGAAGUGGGACUAGGUUCAUGGCUCUAGAACCACAGAACAACAAGCAAAGUUUAGUUUUCUGGAAAAUGAUCAGUUACACAAAACCAUUCAUCCAUUCAUUCUCUAGCUCCUUGCUCCGUCUAGGUAUCAUUAAAGUCCAAACUGAACUUCUUGUAUUCAACCAGCAGUUAGCUGAUUAAAGACAGAUAAGUUUUGGGAUUAAUUUUGAUCUCUAAAUGUUAAAACAUCACCUAGAUUUCCAAUGUUCCUCAAAAACAAACUUUACCA